ACCGUAGAAACAGAGGAGCGUCGGUUUGCUGCUAACUGCUAACUGCUAACAUCUGAGCUCUGUAACGCUUCUUAAUUCACUUUCUAACGCUGUCGACUCUCUGUGGAGGGUGUCUAACAGUUCCUAUCUAGGUGCUAGCAGAGAUGGAGGAGGAGUUGCUGGAUGUGAAGAGGCAGCUGGAGGAUGGAGACCUGAAUCUGGAGCAGAAAGUCUGCCUGCUGAACAACAGCCUGAACAAGGCUCUGCAGACAGACGGAGGCGUUUUGGUGACGGCUGUGAGGUCUCGUCUGUAUCUGGGCGGACUACUGAGUCACUGCGUCCCCCUCAUGACUCAAUAUCCCAGAAUGCAACAGGAGAAUUGGGCCGCCCUUGCCACACUCGCCCAGCUCACCAGUGUCUGCUGUGUGGGGGCGGAGCCUGGAGAGCAAUCGCAGGCUUUUCAUAGGCUGUUCCUGCCGUCAGUCAUGGACGGACUCCUCUUAUUGGCUACUCAGCUGAUGAGGCGGGAACAAUGUGUGUCUCUCUUCAGGAAGGUGAUGGAUUCAGUCUGCUUGCUGCUCAGAUCUCAUCCUCAGCUCACCACACAGGGUCAGUGAAAACACAC